CGGGCCGGUCUCAGCGUCGCCGCCAUCUUUGUUGAUGUGUCAGCUCAGCGGGUGUUUGGGGAAGCUGCGGCGGAGAGAGCGAAGUGUCGGCCCUCUUCCUAGCUGCUGUCUCUCCCUCCCACUCCUGGUCUGCCGGACCCCGCUAUGAAGAAGUUGGCCCCUGAGCUGGAGCUCCAGCGGCUUCGUUAGGGUGUGGCCUGAGGCUGGGAGAAGUGCGAUGUAACACGAAGAUCAGAAGCAGAUUUGAAGAAGCGCAAAGUGAACUGGUGCCAGUCAGCAUGUCAGAGACAGAGGACAUAGCCUCCAUUUCGUCUGAUAAAAAUAUUGGGAAAACAUCUGAAUUAAAGGAAGACUCAUGCAACUCGUUUUCUGGUGAUGAAAGCAGCAGAUUAGAAAAUGAGUCCAAACUGUUGUCAUUAAACUCUGAUAAAACUUUAUGUCAGCCUAAUGAACAUAAUAGUCAAAUUGAAGCCCAGGAAAAUUGUAUUCCAGAUAAUGGUGGAGGUGAGGAUUCUUGUACUAAAACAGACAUAUGCCCAGAAAAUCCUGAACAAAUAGGUAAUUUUCCUAAUGGAGAUUUUGCAAAGCAAGUUUCAAAAACAAAUGAAACAGAACAGACAGUAACGCAAAUAUUGGAGAAAUUAAGGUCAUCUACAUUUACAGAAGCAGCUAAUCAAAAGACUUAUUCAGAAAGUCCCUAUGAUACAGACUGCACCAAGAAACUUAUUUCAAAAAUAAAGAAUGUUUCAGCAUCAGAGGAUUUGUUGGAAGAAAUAGAAUCUGAGCUCUUAUCUACAGAGUUUGCAGAAGAACACCGAGUACCAAAUGGAAUGAAUAAGGGAGAACAUGCAUUAGUUCUGUUUGAAAAGUGUGUACAAGAUAAGUAUUUGCAGCAGGAACAUACCAUAAAAAAGUUAAUUAAAGAAAAUAAGAAGCAUCAGGAUCUCAUCUUAGAUAUUUGUUCAGAAAAAGACAAUUUAAGAGAAGAACUAAAAAAAAGAACAGAAACAGAGAAGCAGCAUAUGAACACAAUUAAGCAGUUAGAAUCAAGAAUAGAGGAAUUGAAUAUAGAAGUUAAAGCUUCCAAAGAUAAACUAGUAGCUCAAGACCUUGCAGCUAAAAAUGCAAUUCAACAAUUACACAAAGAGAUGGCCCAACGGAUGGAACAGGCCAACAAGAAAUGUGAAGAGGCACGCCAAGAAAAAGAAGCAAUGGUAAUGAAGUAUGUAAGAGGUGAGAAGGAAUCUUUAGACCUUCGAAAGGAAAAAGAGAUACUUGAGAGAAAACUUAGAGAUGCAAAUAAGGAAUUUGAGAAAAACGCUAAUAAAAUUAAGCAGAUUUCUCAAGAGAAGGGACGGUUGCACCAGCUGUAUGAAGCAAAGGAAGGUGAAACGACUAGACUCAUCAGAGAAAUAGACAAAUUAAAGGAAGAUAUCAACUCUCACAUCAUUAAAGUAAAGUGGGCACAAAACAAAUUAAAAGCUGAAAUGGAUUCGCACAAGGAAACCAAAGAUAAACUGAAAGAAACAACAACAAAGUUAACACAAGCAAAGGAAGAAGCAGAUCAGAUACGGAAAAACUGUCAGGAUAUGAUAAAAACAUACCAGGAGUCAGAAGAAAUUAAAUCAAAUGAGCUUGAUGCAAAGCUUAGAGUUACAAAAGGAGAACUUGAAAAACAAAUGCAAGAAAAAUCUGACCAGCUAGAGAUGCAUCAUGCCAAAAUAAAGGAACUAGAAGAUCUGAAGAGGACAUUUAAGGAGGGUAUGGAUGAGCUGCGAACACUCAGAACAAAGGUGAAAUGUCUAGAAGAUGAACGAUUAAGGACAGAAGAUGAAUUAUCAAAAUAUAAGGAAAUUAUUAAUCGCCAAAAAGCUGAAAUUCAGAAUUUAUUGGACAAAGUGAAAAUUACAGAUCAGAUACAGGAGCAGCUUCAAAGAGGUAAACAAGAAAUUGAAAAUUUGAAGGAAGAAGUGGAAAGUCUUAAUUCUUUGAUUAAUGACCUACAAAAAGACAUCGAAGGCAGUAGGAAAAGAGAAUCUGAGCUACUGCUAUUUACAGAAAAGCUCACUAGUAAGAAUGCACAGCUUCAAUCUGAAUCCAAUUCUUUGCAAUCACAAUUUGAUAAACUUUCAUGUAGUGAAAGUCAGUUACAAAGCCAAUGUGAACAAAUGAAACAGACAAAUAUUAAUUUGGAAAGUAGAUUGUUGAAAGAGGAAGAACUGCGAAAAGAGGAAGUCCAAAAUCUGCAAGCUGAACUUACUUCUAGUCAAACAGAAGUUAAAGCAUUGAGUACCCAGGUAGAAGAAUUAAAAGAUGAGUUAGUAACUCAAAGACGUAAACAUGCCUCUAGUAUCAAGGAUCUUACCAAACAACUUCAGCAAGCACGGAGAAAAUUAGAUCAAGUUGAGAACGGAAGCUAUGAUAAAGAAGUCAGCAGCAUGGGAAGUCGUUCUAGUUCAUCAGGGUCCCUUAAUGCUCGAAGCAGUGCCGAAGAUCGAUCUCCAGAAAAUACCGGGUCAUCAGUAGCUGUGGAUAACUUUCCAGAAGUAGACAAGGCCAUGUUGAUUGAGAGGAUAGUGAGGCUACAGAAAGCACAUGCCCGGAAAAAUGAAAAGAUCGAAUUUAUGGAAGACCACAUCAAACAACUGGUGGAAGAAAUUAGGAAAAAAACAAAAAUAAUUCAGAGUUACAUUUUACGGGAAGAAUCGGGCACACUUUCUUCAGAGGCAUCUGAUUAUAACAAAGUCCAUCUGAGUAAACGGGGUGGCAUCAUGGCGUCUUUAUAUACAUCCCAUCCAGCUGAUAGUGGAUUAACAUUGGAACUCUCUUUGGAGAUCAACCGAAAAUUACAGGCCGUUUUGGAAGAUACAUUAUUAAAAAAUAUUACUUUGAAGGAAAAUCUACAAACGCUUGGAACAGAAAUAGAACGUCUUAUUAAACAUCAGCAUGAACUAGAACAGAGGACAAAGAAAACCUAACACAAAGCUCUUGCUCAGUAAACAAACAAAAGCCACGCAGGAGCAGGUGCCAUUGACCAGUAUUGUCGGAAACUUUUCCCUGCUUUGUGUGUCAGCCAGUAAAAAAUUUGUUCUGCUUCAUCUGUACAAAAAAAGCAUCCUUUUACAACAUGAAUGCAUUGCUGUGUAUACUGUAAGAGUGUAAGCUUUGAUGAAAAUUGUUUUUAUAUGGUACAGUACACUAGCCUGUCAUUGAAUCUAAACAGCUUAAUUGGCUCAUAGUUGUAUGAAGUGCUGAACAUUACUACAAGGGCUUUUA